AGUACUUAUUUGUGCCAUAAAAAUCAAUCCUACUUGACAACUAUUUGGGCUUUUAUAUCUGCCAAACCUCAUUUUUUGAACAGUGGUCACUAAAUGAAGGGCUUCUGGCCAGGGAGAGUCUAUCCAUUCCCUCAAUUGGAUGGGGAGCGGGGACGGUGUCUCCUGUGAUCUCAAGAAUAGGAGGGAAUGUUGACCAGGGAGCACCGCUGCGGCCGAUCAGAGGAGCAGGAACCAGAGCCCAGGCUGAGUCCGAAAAAAACCAGAUCCGAACGGUGGCUCCGAAACGGUUGGAAGUGGAAGAUGGAGGAGCCGGAGGACCCGGCAGACGGUGGGCAGUCACUACCCCCGGUUUACAUCUACAGCCCGGAGUAUGUCAGCAUGUGCGACUCCCUGGCCAAGGUCCCCAAACGGGCCAGUAUGGUACAUUCUCUGAUUGAAGCAUAUGCACUGCAUAAGCAAAUGAGGAUAGUGAAACCCAAAGUGGCCUCCAUGGAGGAUAUGGCCACCUUCCACACAGAUGCCUAUCUGCAGCAUCUCCAGAAAGUUAGCCAAGAAGGAGAUGAGGAUCAUCCGGACUCCAUAGAAUAUGGGCUAGGUUAUGACUGUCCAGCCACUGAAGGGAUAUUUGACUAUGCAGCAGCUGUAGGAGGGGCUACAAUCACAGCUGCCCAGUGCCUGAUUGACGGGAUGUGCAAAGUAGCCAUUAACUGGUCUGGAGGAUGGCAUCAUGCAAAGAAGCGUCUUCUGACCGGUCCUUUCAGCUGAUCCUGCCUGGAAACACAUGCCUGCAAUGAAUAUAAAUUACUGAGUUUCUAGGGAUUGCCUCAGUUCAGGUCUGAAUUCCAGGGUGUUCUUGACACCUCUAGAACAUCUCUGAAGAUGGACUACAGGCCAACAAGCUUGUAUUUAACCAGCACUUCCCUAUUAUAAUCACAGUAUUUGUUUAAACCUCCUCAUCCUCAAAUACAGGUACAGAUCCAAAUAUAUGCCAUUUAUUCAUUGAAUAAGCAUUGAUUAAAAUCAACUAUAUUUCAAACAUAUGUUUAUCAUUGCUAAUAAACAUAUAUGUAGAAACUGAAGCAAGGUAUAUUUUUCCCCUACCAAGUUUGAAAAAAAAAUCCAAAACUUCGUAACAAAAAUAUCCAGAUGCUAGCAGGAUUACAAGGAAAGUGACCCAUCCCUUUGGGAAACUUUGAAAGUGUUAAGAGUAGAAAAAAAUGUUUUUAACUGUUGACCUAGUAACAAGAUUCUUGGUAAUUUGUUCUAAAGAAAUCAACAAUCCUGCCCUCAAGAAAUUCAUAUUUUAGGGAUAAGACAGCAAACAAUUUCAUUUGAAAACUGAUUUUCAAAGAAAAUUCUAUAAAAGGAGAAUAAUAAAGAAUGAAUGCUAGCAGAUAUUAAACAUACAAAACUAAAAUAAUGAAAACACUCAUAUUAGACAGGUAAUAUAUAAGAGUUUAUUAUAAAAGAUGCAUUGCAAGUGAAUGAGAAUAGAAAGGAUUGUUCAUAAAUAAUAUUGUGACAGCUUGAAGAAUUUAUACUGUCAUCCCCAUAAUAAACUAAAAUAAGUGGCAGUUGGAUUGAAGAGUUAAAUAUAAAAAAGCAAAUUACAAAAACUGGAAUGAAUGAAUAUUUAUCAAACUUCUAACAGGGCCUAGUUUUCUAAGCUUAGGAAGUAAUAGAAAAUAUUCUCAAAGGAAAAGAUCCAAUCUGAAUGUAUAAAAUUUUAAAACCAAUAUUACUUUUUAAAGUUUUUGAACCAUUUUAAAAAUAAAAUCUAAAUGACCAAAAAAGCCUCUGUGACAUAAAUAUGACAAAGUUGCGGGUUUAUAUUAUCUAAGGUCUUCAACACAGUAUAAUGUAUAAGAAAACAUAUGAACAAAGAACAUGAAUAGACAAUUUACAGAGGAAAACAUGGGAAAAUAUUCAUCACUACUAAUCAAAGAAAUGCGAAUUAAAACAACUAGGUAAGCCUCUUUUUAAGUCUGACUUUAACAGAAACAAAAAAUAACAGUAUUCAGUUUUCUGGUUGAGUAUGGUUAACCUCUUAAGAAAGCAUUUGGUAGCCAACAUGUAUUAAUGUCCUUUGAUCUAAUAAUCCUACUUCUGGGAAUUUUUCCAAAGUAAAUAAUUCAAAAUAUGGAAAAAUAUUUUCAUGUAGUAUACCUUAUAAAAAUUUUUAAAUAGAAAUAACAUUGGGCUGGGGUUGUAGCUCAGUGGUAGAGUGCUUGCCUAGAAUGUGUGAGGCACUGGGUUUGAUUCUCAGCACCACAUAUAAAUGAAUAAAAUAAAUGUUCAUGAGCAACAUAAAGCAAUUUUUUAAAAAUGAAAUAACAUUAUAAUGUCUAUCAAUAAGGGAAGUGAAUCUACUCCAUAGAAUAUCUUUUGUUUUAUUUUUAUGUGAGUGUGCAUUUGGGUACUGGGGAUUGAACCUAGGGCCCUGUGUAUGCUAAGCACACACUACCUCUGAGGUACACCCCCAGCCCUAUACUAUUGUUUUUAAUGAUGAUUAUAAAGAUGAUAGGGCAUUUCAGAGA